AUUGACGAUGUGUUCCUUUUGCCGCCUUCACUUGAAGUGGCAAAGAUUGAGCGAGAAAUGGUGGAGAACUCUCCUACUUUCUACUCUGACGGCCAACAUUAUUCUUUAUCCUCGUUGCAUCGUAAAUUGCAAUUUAAUUUUGAUUAUUUUGGUGCUCUCUUGGCCACCUACGGACUAGCUUUCUUCUCUCUUGGCUUACUCCGAUUAGCAUCUGAUGCAUUUGUGUUUGCUGGACCCAUAUUGCUCCAUGUGCUUGUAGAAAUCUUGGAGGAUCCCGCCCCAAAUAACUUGGGAUACCUCUACGCUAGCCUCAUGGUGAUUUGUUCAUUUCUGGCAGCUUUAUUCUCCGCGAGUUUCACAUUCUAUAUGCAAAAAAUAAGUCUGAAAGUACGCACAGCUACAGUAACCGCCAUAUACGACAAGUUAUUGAUGGUACCUCUGAGUGAAAUGAGCAAAUUUUCUUCAGGAAUGAUCCUCAACUUUAUCUCUACUGAUGUUGAUCGAAUUGUAAAUUUCUGCAAUUCGUUUCAUGCAUUUUGGAGCUUACCAGUUCAACUGGGCAUUGCUCUUUACUUACUUUAUCGUGAAAUUGGUAUGGCCUUCUUAGCCGGUGUGAUGGUGGCGAUCAUUCUGAUUCCUCUCAAUAAGAAGGUUACGGACAGCAUUGGGAGGAUGUCAGUGAAACUGAUGCAUUGCAAAGAUCAAAGGAUCAAGUUGGUUCGAGAAACAAUGGAAGGAAUUAGAGCUGUCAAAUGUUCGGCAUGGGAAGGUUUUUUUGAGAAAAAGAUCACUGGACUGAGAGAAGAUGAGCUCAAAUAUCUAAAGGCUCGUAAGUAUCUUGACGCUGUCUGUGUAUACCUAUGGGCAUCAGCUCCCCUAUUAAUCACAAUAUGCAUUCUCACAACCUAUACCCUGGCUCUACACGAGAAGCUUACGGCAGCAAAGGCUUUCACCUGCUUAGCGUUGGUGAAUAUCCUCAUCAUGCCUCUAAAUGCCUUCCCUUGGGUUCUCAAUGGCUUAGUGGAGGCGUUGGUGUCGCUAAGGAGGCUUACUCGGCUAUUUGCUUUAAAGAAUAUGGAUGUUCAUGAUGUGUAUACGUUAUCCGAAGAGAAAGAUACUGUAAUGUACGUUCGUGAAGGAAAUUUCUUUUGGAGAGGUUCAAAACAUGCCAUAAGCGGGGUUUCAUUCCACGGAACAAAGGGUAAGAUCAUUGGGAUUUCUGGCGAUGUGGGAAGUGGCAAAACAACGCUCUUACUCGGGCUUCUGGGUGAGACAAAAUCUCUCACAGAAUGCAUAGGAAUCACCCAGGAAAGUGUUUCAAACGGGAUUGGCUAUGUGGGACAAGAAAGAUGGCUUUAUCGAGAACUAUGUACACCAUACCGUGAUCUACGUUUUAUACCUUGGACUGCCUUUGUACGAUAUAUAUAUGGUUCUAGCUGA